GGGCGGGCGCGGGGGCCGCGGCUGCAGUUGGCGGCGGCGAUGGCGGCGGCCGCCGCGGGCCCCGGGGCUCCAGGCCCGGCGCUCUGCCGCUCGGUGCAUUGGUUCCGCCGUGGCCUGCGCCUCCACGACAACCCGGCGCUGCAGGAAGCGCUGCGGGACGCCGCGUCCCUCCGUUGCAUCUACAUCCUGGAUCCCUGGUUCGCCGCUUCCUCCGCCGUGGGCAUCAACCGCUGGCGAUUCCUGCUCCAGUCGCUGGAAGAUCUGGACAACAGCCUAAGGAAACUCAACUCUCGCUUGUUUGUCGUGCGAGGGCAGCCAACAGAUGUCUUCCCAAGACUCUUUAAAGAAUGGGGAGUCACUCGUCUCACCUUCGAAUACGACUCGGAGCCCUUCGGUAAGGAGAGAGAUGCAGCUAUCGUCAAACUGGCCAAGGAGGCUGGUGUGGAGGUGGUGAUAGAGAACUCCCACACCCUCUAUGACCUGGACAGAAUAAUUGAGCUGAAUGGCCACAAGCCACCCCUCACCUACAAGCGCUUCCAGGCCAUCAUCAGCCGUAUGGAGCUCCCGAAGAAGCCAGUGAGCACUGUAAUAAGCCAACAGAUGGAGACGUGUAAAGUGGACAUCCAGGAGAACCACGAUGAUGUGUAUGGUGUCCCAUCCCUGGAAGAGCUGGGCUUCCCUACGGAUGGUCUUGCCCCUGCAGUGUGGCAAGGUGGAGAGACAGAAGCCUUGGCACGGCUGGAUAAGCACUUGGAAAGAAAGGCAUGGGUUGCAAAUUAUGAAAGACCAAGGAUGAAUGCCAAUUCCUUGCUGGCCAGCCCUACAGGACUCAGCCCUUACCUGCGAUUCGGCUGCCUGUCCUGCCGCUUGUUUUACUACCGUCUCUGGGAGCUGUAUAAGAAGGUGAAGCGGAACAGCACCCCUCCCCUCUCUCUCUAUGGACAGCUUCUGUGGAGGGAGUUUUUCUACACAGCAGCCACAAACAACCCAAAGUUUGACCGGAUGGAGGGGAACCCCAUCUGCAUCCAGAUCCCCUGGGACAGGAACCCUGAAGCCUUGGCCAAGUGGGCAGAGGGCAAGACAGGCUUCCCUUGGAUAGAUGCAAUCAUGACCCAACUGAGACAGGAAGGGUGGAUCCACCAUCUGGCCAGGCAUGCGGUGGCCUGCUUCCUGACCAGGGGCGACCUCUGGAUCAGCUGGGAGUCAGGAGUCAGGGUAUUUGACGAGCUGUUGCUGGAUGCAGAUUUCAGUGUCAAUGCAGGCAGCUGGAUGUGGCUCUCCUGCAGUGCCUUCUUCCAGCAGUUCUUCCACUGUUACUGCCCCGUGGGCUUCGGGCGCCGCACAGACCCCAGCGGGGACUACGUUAAGAGGUAUCUGCCCAAACUGAAGGGUUUCCCCUCACGCUAUAUCUACGAGCCAUGGAACGCCCCAGAGUCUGUGCAGAAGGCAGCCAAGUGCAUCAUUGGGGUGGACUACCCCAAGCCCAUGGUGAACCACGCGGAGACCAGCCGCCUGAACAUCGAGCGCAUGAAGCAGAUCUACCAGCAGCUGUCGCGCUACCGGGGGCUCUGCUUACUGGCAUCAGUCCCUUCAUGUGUGGAAGAUCUCAGUGGCCCAGUCACAGACUCAGCUUCAGGGCAGGGCUGCAGCACCAGUACAGCGCUGAGGCUGUCACAAGCAGAGCAGGCGUCUCCGAAGCGCAAGCACGAAGGAGCGGAGGAGCUGUGCACAGAGGAGCUGUACAAACGUGCCAAGGUGACAGAGCUCCCUGCUGCAGAGCUGCCUGGCAAGAGUCUAUGACUCUAGUGACAAGCACCUUGCAAGUGAAGAGUGAGAGUGCUGAGGAGGUGACCAAAGGAGGAGGGACUGCUGCCGCAGAGGGACUGGAACCGUGAUCCGCACCAGCAAAUCUGGGCUCUCAUCUAAAUGUGUAAUUCCAGUAGCUGCCACAAGGGGGCACUGCACACUUGUGCUGGGGACGUUUGGCUUUCUGGUCGCUGGAGAGCCAAAGAUGUUUCUUCUCAGCCAUGCCCCAAAUCUGCCCACAUUCAAGGGGGCAAGAGCCUUCUACCAACUUGUUCACUCCCAGGUGUACCUCUCCUUUCUGACAGUGGCUCAGUGCAGGUUGAUUUGAUGCAACGAUGUAGGGAGCAGCAUCUGCACAUCUCAGAAACAGCAAAGGUUCUUUCUCACGACUAGUGCUAGGCAGUGAGGUGUGCUGGUUGCUUCAAAUCGUAGUGAGGGUUGAGAAGGAAGCUGCUACAACGUCAGACAUGGAGUACCCAUCCUACAGGAGAAGAGGAAAGUCUCAGCAUUUCGUUCCUUAAGCUAGGCUGACAGGAUGUAAAUGCUUUCUGAGUGAGGAGGUACUUAUGAGGGAUGGAAACAAAAUAAAGGAGAACUGCAGCACAAGAACAGAGAGAUACAAACUGGACACUCAAAAGGCACUUGAAAGUUUCCCUGCAGAAGAAUCACUGCUGC